GCGAUGGCCUAUCAGGGUUUCACUGCAGAGUAUUUGGGGAUCCCCGCCGUGACGCGCGCCUACACCACCGCCUGCGUCAUCACCACCGCUGCCGUGCAACUGGAUCUCCUCACGCCUUUCCAGCUGUACUUCAACCCGGAUCUCAUUUUCAGAAAGCUGCAGAUCUGGAGACUCCUCACUAACUUCCUGUUUUUCGGGCCCUUGGGAUUCAGCUUCUUCUUCAACAUGAUAUUCCUGUACAGAUACUGCCGCAUGCUGGAAGAAGGCUCUUUCCGUGGAAGGACAGCAGACUUCAUCUUCAUGUUCCUUUUUGGAGGAUUUCUCAUGACACUUUUUGGCCUCUUUGCCGGCCUCUUUUUCCUCGGCCAGGCAUUCACCAUCAUGCUAGUGUAUGUGUGGAGCCGGAGGAACCCUUACAUCCGCAUGAACUUCUUUGGUCUGCUGAACUUCCAGGCUCCUUUCCUGCCAUGGGUCUUGAUGGGCUUCUCACUACUGCUGGGCAACUCCAUUCUCAUUGACCUUCUAGGAAUUGCUGUGGGACAUGUCUAUUACUUCCUUGAGGAUGUCUUCCCCAACCAGCCUGGAGGGAAGAAAUUGCUACUUACUCCAGGAUUCCUGUAACUUGUGUUCGACCCUCCAGAGGAGGAUCCUAACUACAACCCCCUCCCCGAGGAGAAUCCUAACUAUAACCCUCUCCCCGAGGAGGAACCUGCACCUGGUCAAGACCAAAACCAACCGUAGCUACCAUAGCAAUUAAGGCACAGUAAUAUCCCCUGCCUUAUAUGGUGCUGAAUCCAGAUACAGAUUGCCAUCACAGCAGUGCUGAUUUGUAUUCUCGUGCCACUCUCCUCCCUUCAACCGGCAAGCUGUGUUGCGGCUCAGGAGAUGGAAGGAGAACGCCAUUGAAGUGUUGAAUGUUGCAGAGGACUGGAAGAUGCAUUUGCUGAACUCCCUGGGAAGUUCCAGGCAGAAGACUCUACAGACUGAGCAUCUGAAACCAG